UGUAGAUAACACUAUAUUUUUCUCCGUUCAUCUUUACUGAAAUCCCAUCAAUAUUAUCGCACUUCUAUGACAUGGCGAAAAUAAUUCACUUUAUGGCACAUCAUGGGAGAAAUGGUGUGGCUAUCUAUGAUAAGCCCUUAACGAACCCCCAUAGCUUUUAUGAGCAGCUAACAGAUAAGCCAAUAGGAGUUUAUCAUAGUAGUCGGCUAUUAAGAGCAUUCUAUCAAGAAAACAGAUGAAAAGAUGACGAGAAAGUUCCUUUUCUGUUUCCCCCUUAGGGUGGGAAAUAUUAUAUUCGGGUACAUUGUAAUACUGAUAGCGAUAGCAACUGUGGCCUUCCACUUAUACCAGUUAGGACUGAACGUGACCAACAACUAUUUCGAGAAGGAUGAAAAGUUUAGAAACUUCGAGAAUCUGGAGAGCAUAUUUGGAUCCACAAAGGAUUCGUUGGAGAGGAUAAUCGUGCUGACGUAUUACCUCACGUAUAUAACGAUAGGAAUGCUGCUAUUCCUAUUUGCUAUUAUGUUCACUUGUGGUGCUUAUAAGGCGAACCACUGUCUAGUGACGACAUUCUUCGUGUACAGUUUCUUCCACCUGUUCUUCACGAUAAUACUGAUCGUGUGGGAGGCACUCACAGCCGGAUGGAUACAGCUCGGACUAAUAGCCCUGUCUGAUCUGCUCCUGAUAGUUUGUCUGUUUAGCGUCAAAUAUCUGAUGGAAGCGAUCCGAGCAGGAAACAUCUACUGUCGUCCUGGAGAAGUUUACUAUAAAUAUUAAUUUAUUGUUGAAACUUAUUCAAGUAUAUUAUAAUUUUAAAAGUCACAAAUAAGUUAAGAAUUAAGUUGAAUCUGUUUGUUUGUAAACCUACGUACUAUUGAAGCAAUUGAUCAACGCAAUCCACUAGGUAUCCAGAACUUUCCCUCUAGAUUGGUCACAAUUUCUAUAGUCAUCAGUGUCACAAAUAACGGCCAGGAUCUUAGAGGUAUAACUUAACAAACCCUGCAUACAGAAAUGCUGGUCAGAUAACAUCACGCGGUUGUGACGGAGGCAAGAGUUCGUAAUUUUAUUAUACUUUUUAACUAAUUAUUUAAUGCUACAUCAUUUUGUUUGACUGCGUUUUGAAGCUCAAUAAUGACUGUCUUCCCUUGUACGACGAAUGCGUAUUAAUAGGAACAAAAAUAAAUUCUAAAGAUAACAUUUAAAUGUACUAAGUUCAAUUUAUAGUUAAGUUUUAUUACAACGCAUGACCAAAACUUGUGUUUUAAUAGUUCAUUAGUUAUCCUCUAACUGUAGUGAUACCGUUAGUUACACGAAAGUAACUCGAUUGAUGUUAUACUCGGAAAGUAUAUCGAUCUAUGCCAUCUCGUAUCGUUGCAAUCUACAUAUUAAUAAUACGAGGAAAUAAAGUUCCAACUUACACCGAAUUACUGUUAAAAUUAAGACGAGAUCGAAAGAUUGUAUGUAUGUGUGCAAAACUUAAGUGUUGUCAGAUUUUUUAAAUGUGUUUUGAUGGAGGUAAUGCAAUGUUCAUGGCAUUGAACUCUAUUUUUCGAAUAUGUAUAUCGGAAUAUUAUACAGUUAUUGGCGACAACACAAUUAAAGUGAAAAUCUUUUAUUUACUUAGUUAAAUUGGUAUGAAGGUUGUGUAAGAAAAGAAAUGACUUAAAUAAUUUGUAAUUCAAAGAUACAUUUUAUUUAUUAGUAACACAACUAUAAAAAUCACAACAGUCUUACUAAAUCUAAAUGAGAUAAGUCGUAAGUAAAAUUUCCUUCAUAAAACAAGUCCAACGAAAGCAAUCACGCCAAGUCUCAAACAUUCCAAUAUCACAAAAACUCAUACAAAAUAAUUUAUUUAAUAAAUAGGCAAUAAAUAAUAUCUUAAGCUAACUAAUAAUGUAUUUAUCGAUAUUUAUAUAAAAGUAAACUAUCUAAUUCUGAA